UAAUUUUUCACUAUUACCAUCAUUUUAAUGGAAAAUUUUCACUCUUACUUUUAGCUGCAAAGAUAUUUGUAUUUUCUGGAAGGACUCCAUAGAUUAGACAGUGAGAAAGAAUGCUAUGCUCGUACAAGCUUUGGGUACAAGCUAGUUAUCCUCCUCACUUGAAACUACUAAAUCAGAAUUCCAAUAUUCCAAUCCCUAAAACAAAGACCCAAUUCCAAAGGAAGUCUCUUGACGGUAGAUUUGACGAUAUUGAUGACGAUGCUGAUGGUUCUGGGUUAAGGAAAUUUGCAUUGCCAUCCCAUGUUAAAUCCAUUACAAGCACUUCAAACCCAUUUGUAAAACACUGUCUUAAGCUCAAGAACAGCUCUUCCUAUCGCCAUUCUCAUGCUUCUGCUCUUGUUGUGGGCACUACUCCUAUCAGGGAAAUAUACAGGUAUAAAGAAUCUUCACAAGAGAAAACUGUAAUAGAUUGUUUGCUACUGCUUGAAAAUGCUGAGAUCCCUGAAGAACUAGAUACUCACUCUUGUCAUGUUGUUCGAAUAGGCUCUAUGGUAAUGAAAAAACUUUCUGGGGUGCAAUCAGCUGAGUCCAUCGAGGCAAUUGCCUUGAUGAGGUUCCCUACCAGUUUUUUAAAUUUAAUUGUUGAUCAAAACAAGUCAGAUUCUCAAAGCUGGUUCCCAUCCACGCAUAGAAUUUUAGUUCUCGAUGGCAUUCAGGACCCUGGUAAUCUCGGCACAUUAAUCAGAUCAGCUAUGGCCUUUCAAUGGGAUGGUAUAUUUCUUCUUCCUGGUUGUUGUGAUCCAUUCAAUGAGAAGGCGCUCAGAGCUAGCCGGGGAGCCUCCUUUCAGCUGCCUAUAGUUUCCGGUAGUUGGUACCAUCUUCAAACCCUGAAAGAUACAUUCAACAUGAAGAUGCUAGCUGGCCAUCCAGAUAUUGAUGGGAAAUUGAAAAAGCCGUUUUCACUAUCCCAAGAGUUCGUACACUCGGUAGCGCAUGUUCCAUCAUGCUUGGUUUUGGGAAGUGAAGGACGUGGGCUUUCCGAGAAAUCUCAGCUCAAAUGUGAGCUCGUGAGCAUUCCCAUGACAGGAAAAUUUGAGUCUCUCAACGUUUCUGUAGCUGGCGGGAUUUUCUUGUACAUGUUACAGCCUAAGAACUAAAGUCUAAUUCUCUUUAAUUUCAUUAAUGCAUCACACAGUUCUGAA